AUGUCGCCCUGCGGUCACGAGAUGCACCCACCUCGGUGUAAACAAGUACCAUACGAGCCUCACAAACAGUUCUUGGCCUAUUACGUGGGACUCAUCCCCAGUCAAUACUACAAAGUUUUCGGAGACCGCGACCAACAAGGUUUCAUGUACCUCACCCUCAAGUCCUGUGGAUUAAUUUUAGUAAUUUCAUCGGUAAUCAGCACCAAGAAGUACAUAGACAGUAUGUUGUAUAUAACCUGGCGGCAACUGUUGUGUCGAGCGCUCCACCGUCUCUACUUCUCAGGGAUCAAUUACUACACGCUAAAUAUAUUAGAUAAAACCAUUGAUAACCCUGACCAGAGGAUGACCCAGGAUGUGGACAAGCUGUGCCUCACUCUGGCCACAAUAACCACAAAGGUCAUCAUAUCACCAUUCCAGAUUGGCUACUACACCUACAGAGUAUUUGUGGGGACAGGAUGGCUGGGGACUCUGAGUAUAUAUAUUCUCUUCCUCCUGGGCACAGUGGUCAACAAGCUGGUCAUGUCACCCAUCGUUAAAUUUGUCAUCAAGCAAGAGGAGUGUGAGGGAAAUUUCAGGUUUAAACACAUGCAGGUGCGGGUGGACUCGGAGUCUGUGGCGUUCCAUGGUUCAGGGUCCAUAGAGUCCUGUAAGACCAACAGCUCACUUGAUGGACUUAUUCGAGCUCAACAGCGGCUCUUUACUAGACAAAUUGUGUUAAACUUGACUCGGUACAUCUUCGACUACUUGGGGUCGAUAAUAUCAUAUCUUGCCAUCGCCAUCCCAAUAUUUGGAGGGAAAUUUCCCGAUGAUGCAGAUAUAUCCUCCAUAGUUAGUGCUUACUCCUUUGUGUGCAUGUACCUGGUGUUCAGUCUGACCUCCCUAGUGGAUCUGAGCGCCCAGGUGGUGUUGUUGUCUGGCGUGACGCACCGUGUAGCCCAGCUGGUAGAGUGUCUCCUCAGGCUACAGACUCAGUGGGACAUCACCACACUAAUGGCCUCCUCCUCCUUCACCAACAUCACUCAGAAACUCCGACCUAAGUCAGACUGUGGUGAGGGAUCUUCUAGUGAUUCUCAAUGCUUACUGGAAGAGACUGCUGAACGUGAACCACCGCUCUGUGAAGAUGACAAGUCACUGAACAUUGCGUUUAUUCUUAGUGACGUGGAUAUAAUCGCUCCAGGGUCGAUGCACACACUAGUGAAAAGUCUUCACUUGGAUAUCCAAAAGGGUGAAAAUCUUUUAAUAAUGGGACCAAGUUCUUCUGGAAAGUCGAGUAUUCUGCGUGUGCUGCGAGGACUGUGGCCGGCUGCCCGAGGAACUGUGGCUCACGACUUCCCUCCAGGACCUAAAACUGUCAUCUUCCUGCCCCAGAAAUCACUUGUCACUAAUGGCUCUCUACUAGAACAGAUAAUCUAUCCCUUGAGACUUGACCCCAGUAAUCCAAUCAGCAAAGACACCUGUGAAGAGAUCCUUAGCCUUCUGGCCUCAGUACACAUGAAGGGCCUUGUCAACCGCACUGAGGGCCUCCAUAAUGACCCUGGAUGGAAUUGGAAUGAUGCACUAUCGCCGGGAGAAAUGCAAAGAGUCUGCCUUUUGCGUGUGCUCUUCCACCGACCACAGUUUGCCCUCUUGGAUGAAGCCACGAGUGCUCUGAGUCUGGACGUGGAGGACCAGCUGUACCGAGCGUGUCUGCAACUCAACAUUACCUUAGUCAGUGUGGGACACAGGCACUCACUAACCAAGUACCACAACUCACUGUUAACACUAGAUGGUACUGGUGGGUGGAGGAAGGAGCCCAUCCUCCAACAGUGUGUUGAUGUGUGACACAAGAAGCCACAGCAGACAAGUGGUAGCAUCACCUCUUCCACGAUAGUCAUGAUGGGAACAAAUAUACUGUAAGACAAGAGAAAGUUGCUCAUAUAAAUGUAAUCUAGAUGAGGUAUAUAUAUUUUUAAUACAUAUUCACUUAGCCAGUUAAGGAUGGAGGCCAUUAUCUUGAUGAAGACUGCUGGUCCUCAUGAAUUGAUAUUGUAUAUAAAUUUUAAAGCUGUAAUAAUUUUAUAAAACCAGAAAUUAUUUGGUUAUUGUACACUUAUGCCGGUGAACUUGCCGUUAACUCCUUCACUAUGGGGAUGCCACUUUAAAUAUUUUAUUUGGUUAAUGCCGAAUGAUUUUAUUCGGCACAGAGGUGACCCAGUACACGAGGGGUUAAAUGAUGAACUUUGAUCAAAAUUGAAGUGUCAACUUAAAGCUGUGAGCCUCUGAGGUAGAUUUUCUUGUAUUUAAUGAGUUUUAGUGUAUGUUUAAUUACCACUUGUGUGUAUCUUUGUCAUAAUGAUAAUCUUGGUAAUUGUUUUAUUUAUGUUGUAACAAUACAAGUUAAUCUGGUGAUGAUUAUCAUUAUGAUGUUUGUGCAUUUUAUACAAUUACUCUUGGUAAUUGUUAAUACGUAUCAUUAUAUUGUGAUAUCAUACUAUUGACUAUGAUAAUAAUUGUUAUCAUUGUAUUGUGACUAGCUGGGGCCCCAGCCUGGUGUUGCUUGAGUUUACUUCAGGCAGCUGAUAACCUAUGUGUGGAUUACACCAUCAUUUAGACUACAUCCACUACACCAUCAUUAUACUACUGUACUGCAUAUCCACAUCACUAGGCUGGUAGUCUUUGAUGACCUCAGGAAGUUACUGUCAGCUGUUCCCACCCUGAGGGUUGGGAUUAGUUAGGAAGGUGUUUCAGCCAUAAAACACUGCUUCAACAUGCCUGAUGACAACCAGGCCACCACAGCUGUGCCCAUCCCCUGGUCUCUGGGCUGUCACCCCAAGCUCACACAAACAAAGACAAACUAACAGACACUGUUUUAUAUAUUGUGAUGACUGAUGGUGAGUUUUAUCAAUGAUGAUAGUACAGUACUGUUGUCUGUGGUGAGGUUAGGUUUAUCUUUUUAAAUAUUUAUAAGAGGCUGGACCAUCAGGCUUGUUCUUGAUGCUCAACAUCUACUGACUCUCACCAACCACCCCUACAGUUCUAAAAAUAAUCAGUAAAACUUUGCAAUCGUUCUUCAUAUAGAGGAACUAAUUAUCAUUUGUAUGCACAAACAAAUAAAAAUGUGUGAGUAUCCAGUGAAACACAUGUCCCCCUUAGUUACCCUGUACAGUACAGUACAGUGUGUACACUGACAGGGCUCUAUGCUGCACCUAUUCCUCUGGUGUAGCUCACUGGCAGGAUACAAACAGCCAGUUACUGUAGGUUAGGUUACAGCUUUUGUCUUAGUUUAUUUUUUCUUAAACCACUUCCUGUUUACUGUAGGGCAUAUGGAAAACGUGUCAACAUAGUACAGUAUAAACACACACACACACACACACACACACA